AAUGUUUUCUCAGAAUUGGAAGUAUUAGCAUCGAUAUUUGCGGGUGCCAUACAUGACGUUGAUCAUCCCGGCUUUACCAAUCAUCACCUCAUUAAUACCAACUCGGAAUUAGCAAUAAUGUACAAUGAUGAAUCCGUCCUGGAACAGCAUCAUUUAGCGGUUGCAUUCAAAUUAUUGCAAGAUUCCAAUUGUAAUUUCAUCGUAUCACUUAACAGAAAACAACGUCAACUAUUUCGAAAGCUUACAAUUGAAAUGGUGUUAGCAACAGAUAUGUCAAAGCAUAUGAAUAUAUUAGCUGACUUGAAAACUAUGGUUGAAGCAAAAAAAGUCGCAGGUUCAUCAGUUUUAACAUUGGAUAAAACGGAUCGCAUACAGAUAAUGCAAACAAUGAUUCAUUUGGCAGAUUUAUCAAAUCCAACAAAGCCAAUCAAUUUAUACAAUAUUUGGGUAAAAAAUAUAAUGGAAGAAUAUUGGAGGCAAGGCGAUAGGGAACGAGACUUAGGCAUUGAUAUCUCACCAAUGUGUGAUCGAAAUAAUAUCACGAUAGCGAAAUCUCAGGUAAAUGUAAUAAUUUAUUAUGGAACCGAAAUUCUUAUUUAUCAGUAA